AUGGCCUCUGGGCUGGGCCUGGCCUCCUUUGGGGGCUCUGCUGCGGACCCUGCGGCCUGCCCCAGUCCUUCCCUGCUGCAUUCCUCCUCCCCGGUCCCUUCUCCGUUCCCUCUCUCCUGGGCUACCCCUCCGCUCCCUCCUCUGCUCCAUUCCUCCUCCCGGUCCCUUCUCCGUUCCCUCUCUCCUGGGCUACCCCUCCGCUCCCUCCUCUGCUCCAUUCCUCCUCCCCGGUCCCUUCUCCGUUCCCUCUCUCCUGGGCUACCCCUCCGCUCUCCCUCCUCUGCUCCAUUCCUCCUCCCGGUCCCUUCUCUGUUCCCUCUCUCCUGGGCUACCCCUCCGCUCCCUCCUCUGCUCCAUUCCUCCUCCCCGGUCCCUUCUCCGUUCCCUCUCUCCUGGGCUACCCCUCCGCUCCCCCCUUCGCCCAUUCCUCCUCCCGGUCCCUUCUCCGUUCCCUCUCUCCUGGGCUACCCCUCCGCUCCCUCCUCUGCUCCAUUCCUCCUCCUGGUCCCUUCUCCGUUCCCUCUCUCCUGGGCUACCCCUCCGCUCCCUCCUCCACUCCAUUCCUCCUCCCGGUCCCUUCUCCGUUCCCUCUCUCCUGGGCUACCCCUCCUCUCCCUCCUCUGCUCCAUUCCUCCUCCCGGUCCCUUCUCCGUUCCCUCUCUCCUGGGCUACCCCUCCGCUCCUUCACCCAUUCCUCCUCCCGGUCUCUUCUCUGUUCCCUCUCUCCUGGGCUACCCCUCCGCUCCCUCCUCCUCGCCCAUUCCUCCUCCCGGUCUCUUCUCUGUUCCCUCUCUCCUGGGCUACCCCUCCGCUCCCUCCUCCACUCCAUUCCUCCUCCCGGUCUCUUCUCUGUUCCCUCUCUCCUGGGCUACCCCUCCGCUCCCUCCUUCGCUCCAUUCCUCCUCCCGGUCUCUUCUCUGUUCCCUCUCUCCUGGGCUACCCCUCCGCUCCCUCCUUCGCUCCAUUCCUCCUCCCGGUCUCUUCUCUGUUCCCUCUCUCCUGGGCUACCCCUCCACUCCCCCCUUCACCCAUUCCUCCUCCCGGUCCCGUCUCCGUUCCCUCUCUCCUGCCCCACCUCACAGCACCGCCGACUUUCCAGCGAACCUGGCCGGGAAGACGCCCCCAGAGCGAAUGGAGCGGCACCCGGAUUCCUUGGCGAGAUGCGACGUUGGGACAGGACGAGUUCUCCAGGGCGCCACGCUUGCUGUGACGGACAAUGUCGUGGCUGCCGGGUGGAAAACGUCCGACACCCGCACCGCGGACGGUACCUUAUUCCCGCCGAGCCCUUUCCGCGGGGCCGUCGUGGACGGUCCGGGUGAGGGACAAGCGCUCGGCAAACCAGGAACUGCUAACGCCAGCCGAGAUUUGUCUGCUACGAGGCGCCAGGGAAAACCCUGGCCCGAGGACGAAACCCGCCGCGCCUUUGACGCGGAUGCAGAGCGAUCAGUGGAAACUGCUCCCCGAGAGAAGAGACUCCGCGGUGCGGCCCCUGCCCGGUCCGGAGUCGGUGACGCCGCGAAGGUCCCCAGCGGCCCAGCGAAGACUCGUGCCGAGGCGGCGUCCCCUCGGAUCUGGCAGGACGGCGGCUCCACCGUGGGACUUGUCGCCUGGAGAAUUCGGCUGGCGCGUGGCGUGACGCAGCCGUUUUCAACCCGGGCUCUGCGGGUUACGCCGAUGGGGGCCGCAAAUGGAGGUCUGCCGAGCACCGGGGUAAGGCCGCUUGGAGUCGGGCCCCGGCGUCUCUCUCGGGACGGCGGAGACGGUCGUGCGGCGGACGGGGGGAGCGGUUGCCCCCGCUGGCGAGAGGGCAAGUGA